AUGGUCACCGUGCAGUCCACGCCAGAGAUAAUUAAAAAAGGUCUCAGCCUUCUGGAGUAUGCAGAAGGUGUGACAAAGGCUGGCAUUGUACGGCUGAAUUCAGAUCAUGAAGGGACAGACAAGGAUGCAGUGACCUAUGAGGAUGUGCAUGUGAACUUCACUCAUCAAGAGUGGGCUUUGCUAGAUCCUUCCCAGAAGAGUCUCUACAAAGAUGUGAUGCUGGAAACCUACUGGAACCUCACUAUUGUAGGGUACAAAUGGGAAGACCACAAUAUUGAAGAACAUUAUCAAAAUUCUACAAGACAUGGAAGGUAA